UUUAUUUAUUUUUUAUAGGCGCCGGACGGAGUGCAUCCAGCGCCUCUGGCCCUCUGCAAAGGAAAUCGCUCCUGCGCCAAAGCCGAUUUUCGAAUCUUAGGUUUACCGACGGUUGCGUUUUUGUUACUCCCCAUUUUACCCUUCUGUUCCUCUGAUAUUUACGCCCCUCUCUAGGGUUUUCUAACGUCUUUUUGAUCCGUCCGUUUGCUUGAGAUGGCCGGAGAUGCGGUUACUGUCAUCGAGAUCUCAUCCUCAGACGACGACGACUACGAGUACACUCGUCUAAUACCCGCGCUCCGUCCGCCGGCAAAGAAAAUCACCCCCGUCAAAACGGAGAAAAAGGAGAACAAGGUGGGAGAUCUAGACUGCUUUAUCUUGGAUUUCGAUCCGUUUGAGGCCAUUAAUCUUUCAAAGAAGCUCGUGCUCGAGGACUCCGAUGAUGCCGACGAGGCCGACGAGGUCUCGGUCGUCUCUGAAAGGGGCCCGGUGGCAUGUAGAGAUUAUCCUCAUUCAAGGCAUCUUUGUGCAAAUUUCCCCUUUAACAAGACCCCUCAUAAGAGCUACUGCAAACAGUGCUACUGUUAUGUAUGUGAUGAAAUAGCUCCUUGCAAGGAUUGGGAGGGAGUUGAACAGGAACACUGUCAGGCAUCCGAUCGCGAUCCCAAGUGGAAGCUACUCAGAGUUACUCAAAGGAUGAAUCUGACGGGCCAAACUGAAACCCAUUACUACUCAGAUUAACUCAAAAGAUGAAUCUGGCGGGCCAAACAACUACACCCAGUUAAUUGGAUUUUUCUGAUUUUGGGAGAUGUUCUGGGAUUGUAAAAGCUGGGAUUGCAAAGUAGUGAUAUUGGGGGAUGUUUGGGCGGCCCAAACAGCUACACACAGUAAAUUUUUGUGGCGUGGCGAGUUGUUUAUGUUUCUGAUUGAAACUGCAGAAGCAACUGUUUGGGUGUAUUAUGUCUUGUAGUUUAAGACCUAAUAAUUUGAAACAGGGCGCGGCAUUACCAGUAUAAGCUUAGAAAAUCACUUCUAAUGGAUGUGUACAGAUUUGCUUAUUAAAUGUGGACAGCUUCAAUUUUCUUUUAA